AUGGGUGCCACAUCGAAAAGACCAGCUGCCCAGGCUACGUCCUCCAGGAAGCCGCAGCACGAUGAGACUCCAGCCAAGUCCGCUACAAAGAAGGCUCAGGUAGAGGAUAUCGAGGAGGAAGAUGCCGAAGAUGAUGAGGAGGUUGAAGAAGAGGACGAGGAUGAGGACGAGGAUGGAGAUGAGGAAGACGGCGAGGUUGAGGAGUUAGACGAAGAGGAGUUAACAGAAGAGGAAGAUGAGGAAGAAGAAUUUGAUGAGAGUGACGAGGACGAGGAAUACGAGGAGACCGAGGACGAGGAAGAGGAAGUAGAAGGUGAUGAAAAUGAAGAUGAAUACGAGGAUGGAGAGGACGAAGAAGAAGACGAUAAUGCAGAGGAGGAUGGCGCUGAGGAGCAGGAGGAAGAGAGUGGUGAGAGCGAAGCAGACGAGGAAGAGCAAGAAGAAAGCAAGCCGAGCAAGGGCAAAAGUACGAAGCCGAAAUCCGGCACUAAGCUCGACGUCCGGUCCAAGAGUGCCGCUCUCAGUGGCAGUACCUCAAGCUUGAAGAAGGAUACAAAGGCAAAGGGUUCUGCUUCUGGCAAGAUCAAGCCACCGGCCUCUGGGAGGACCGGAGUCCUGCCGCCCUGGGAGCCAGUCAUCCACAGUGAUGAUUCUGAGGAGGAUGCCAGCGACGUCGAUACCAUCGGCAAUGCCCCGAAACAUGAGGCCACCAAGAAGCCGAAGAAGCCGACGACAAAGAAGCCAGUCAAGAAGGCCACCGCAGAGUCUGGAGACGAGGCUGCCGAACCCGCCAAGGCACCAAAGAAAAAGACGGGCGCAGGGAAGCCAGCAGGCAAUUCAGACAAGACCGUCAAGCCCAAGAAGAAGAUCACUGCCGCUGGCACACAGGACAACAAAGACGAGUCGGCCAAACCUAAAGUGGCCAAGAAGCUCAAGAAGACUGCUGAGGAGGCCGAGGAGGCGCCCAAGGUCAAGAAGACGGUUCCGAAGAAGAAAUAG